CGCUGUAUUGCUGUCAUACCUCGCCUUUCCGUCUUGAACUUUGCAAGCUCUCUUGUUCAGAGGGUCCCGAACUUAUCUGGGACCCCCCAGGGGAAUGCCGCGCAAGGUUAGCGUGGCGGCCUGGGGGGCGGCCCUCUUUAUCUCAUGGAAUGCCAUUCUCCUCCUCUACCUCAUGAGCCGACCAAAGGGUCCCGAUGCCACGGACCUUACGGCGCACGUCAUUCGACUGGCAGAAGAAGCCGAAGCGGAGUUGGAGAAGCAGAAGAGUCUCCUCCAACAAAUCCACCAUUACAGCGGUCUUCUUAAACGCCAGCCAGCUCCUCCCAAUGCUGCACGUGGCCCCGAAUUACCCCAGAGACUUUCUAACGCUUCCAUUCCUUCUCCAACACCCUUGGCCAGUGACCCUCAAUCGGUAGUCAUUCCAAUCCUCGUAGUGGCAUGCGACCGGCCCUCGGUCAGAAAAUGUUUGGACUCUCUGCUUAAAUACCGUCCCUCGGCGGAGCAGUUUCCCAUCAUCGUUAGCCAAGAUUGCGGCCAUGCUGAGACGGCCAGGGUCAUUGACUCGUAUGGAGAUGCCAUUACCCAUAUUAAUCAGCCUGACCUGACUGAGGUGCCCGCUCCACCAGAACAUAGGAAGUUUCAAGGCUACUAUAAGAUUUCCAGACACUAUCGAUGGGCGCUCAACCAGAUCUUCAGAGUGCUGGGUUACAAGUCAGCCAUCGUAGUAGAAGACGAUUUGGAAGUAGCUCCAGACUUUUAUGAAUACUUCUUAGCCACCCAUUCUCUCCUCCGCAAGGACCCCAGCUUGUGGUGCGUCUCUGCCUGGAAUGACAACGGCAAGGAAAAUCUAGUGGAGCCCAAGAGCAGUGCCAUUCUCCAUCGUUCCGACUUCUUCCCAGGACUUGGCUGGCUGCUGCUUCGGGAACUUUGGGAGGAACUAGAGCCAAAGUGGCCAGCUGCCUUCUGGGACGACUGGGUCAGGCGCCCAGAGCAGAGACUCGAGAGGGCAUGUCUGAGACCAGAGCUGCCUCGCACUCGGACAUUUGGAAGAAAAGGGGUUAGCCAGGGCCAGUUUUUUGACCAGCAUCUGAGGUUCAUCAAACUGAACCAGGACCCGGUGUCCUUUACAAAAAUAGAUCUUUCAUAUCUUCUAAAAGAGAAAUACGACCCCUGGUUUCUGGGGCAGGUUUACGACGCACCCAAAGCCCGCGCAGAAGAGGUGCUUCAAGGGCAAGUGCCCGGAGGAAGGACGGUGAGGGUGGAAUACUCAACUAGAGACACUUUUAAGGCCAUGGCCAGGUCCUUUGGCGUUAUGGAUGACCUGAAGUCUGGUGUGGCUCGAGUUGCCUAUAAAGGUGUUGUAACUUUCACACAUAGGGGGAGAAGAGUGUUUCUGGCUCCCCCUAAAGACUGGGCAGGGUAUGACCCGUCAUGGAGUUAAGGUGAACUAUUAUUCCUCCGGGUUUACAGGAAGGUCAUGUGGCAGAUAUGGAGAUUUUCUCUGCGAGAGGUUCAGAGGGUCCAAUAUGUUCAGGUGCUAUCUAAUGCCAGGUUUGUGCACACUUAAAAAGCUCUAGGUUCCGAGAGACCGGCUUUGAUGUCA